GCUCAAGAUUAAAAUUUCGGCUUCAGGCUGCAGUCCGAUCUAAAUUUGAGAAGCAUACUUCUCGAAACUUCCUAGCCGCACUUUGCUGAUCCACUUCUCAUACCAAGAGACGCUCCAUCCAUUUUACAGGACGCAUGUACCAUCCUGCGAGGUAGCGAAGCUAGAACCCCAAACCAUGGCCACUUCAGAGGAGCAAGCAGUUGCCUUCAAGAACGAGGGCAACAAGGCUUUUGCCGCCCACGACUGGCGCACUGCCAUAGAUUUCUACUCCAAAGCGAUCGAAUUGAACGACAAGGAGCCCACGUUCUAUGCAAAUAGGGCUCAGGCCAACUUGAAGACCGAAUCAUAUGGGUAUGCCGUAGCGGAUGCUACAAAGGCUAUCGAACUAAAUCCAAGUUUCGUGAAGGCUUACUACCGCCGCGCCCUCGGCCACGCAGCCAUCCUCAGGCCAGACGAAGCAGCGAAGGACUUCAAGACAGUACUGAAGAUAGACCCGGCCAACAAGGAUGCGAAGCUCAAGCUAGCAGAGUGCCAGAAGAUCAUCAGGCAGAACGCCUUCUUUGCCGCAAUCGAUGUGGGCGAGGAGCCCUCGGCGGCCGCAGGUCUCGAUGUCGAGUCGAUUGCUGUUGAGCCGUCGUACGACGGCGCACGACUGGGAGACGAGAUGACGCAGGAGUUUAUCGACGACAUGACGGAGCGGUUCAAGAACGGCAAGACGCUGCACAAGAAAUACGCCUACCAGAUCAUCAUGGCCGUGAAACAGAUUGUAUACGACGAGCCCACCAUGGUUGAGAUGGAGAUCCCAGAAGGGGUGGAGCUCACAGUCUGUGGAGAUACCCAUGGCCAAUACUUUGACCUCAUGGAGCUCUUCAGGUUAAACGGAAAGCCGAGUGACAGCCACUAUUACCUUUUCAAUGGCGACUUUGUUGACAGGGGAUCAUGGUCAACGGAAAUUGCCCUACUCCUGUACGCGAACAAAUGGUUACGUCCCAAGGCCUUCUUCAUAAACCGUGGCAACCACGAGACAGAUGACAUGAACCGGGUUUACGGAUUCGAGGGGGAGUGCAAAGCCAAGUACAACGAACGGAUCUUCAAGCUCUUCUCGGAAAGCUUCUCGGCAUUGCCAUUGGCUACACUGGUUGGGAAGAAGUACUUCGUUCUCCAUGGAGGACUCUUCUCAGACGACAACGUGACGUUGGAUGAUAUCCGGAAGCUGAACCGCCACAAGCAGAGGCAGCCGGGCCAGUCGGGCCUGAUGAUGGAGAUGCUCUGGACGGACCCCCAGACCGAGCCUGGACGAGGGCCGAGCAAGCGCGGUGUCGGUAUGCAGUUCGGCCCGGAUGUCACAAAGCGGUUCUGUGAGAGGAACGGGCUGGAAGCCAUUAUCCGCAGUCACGAAGUGCGGAUGGACGGUUACGAGGAGGAGCAUGACGGGAAGUGCAUUACCGUUUUCUCGGCUCCGAAAUACUGUGACAUGACUGAGAACCGCGGGGCGUAUAUCAACAUCGGCCCCGAUUACAAGCUCAAGUUCGCCCAGUUCGACGCGGUUCCACAUCCAAACGUCCGCCCAAUGGCCUAUGCUCAUAGCUCCCUCAUGUCGUCCCUGAUGUAAAAUGAGAGGGAUCUGGCAAAUUUUCGUAGAGUCCCGAAGUCGGUUGCAUUAUCUUUUGGAGUCAGGGCCGCGGCGUUUAAGCGGCCAUUUGGUAGCAUAUAAGCGUGGACUUGGCGAUCUGCUCGGGUAUACCUUGUGGGGAGUCGUGGUACAACUGUCAUAAAGCGAAAGCAAAAUCCGGCGGGGGCGAAUAAUAGCUUGGAACUUGAAUCGAAGC